AUUGUAUCUCUACUUGCUAAUAGAAACAAUGUUUUCCGUUUAUUCGUUCGUGCUUGUCCUGAUGAGUAUUGGCGCUAGCCAGGUCAAAGCUGGAUGCGAAAGACCGCUUGAAGUGAGAGGAGUAGAAGACUACUGUUGGUCGACGAGGGUGGAAAUGAGCGAAAGAAUACACGAAGUCGAGAAGAAGGUGGUAAAUUUCGCAAGGAAGAAGCUAGGUAUGGACGUUGACGAACCAGGUGAGCCACAGAAGUGCGAUUACUAUUACUGCGUGUUUCAAGAACUAAAAUUGUUAAAUCCACAAUACGAUGUUCCCUGUGUGGACAGAACGUCUACGUGGGUGAAGAAAAACGUCGUUUACAAUCAGGCCGUCGUUUUAUUGGAUAGAAUUCAAAUGUGUACGGGCGAAUUAGCAAAUGCUACAGGUUCGAGCUUUUAUUUCUAUGCCGACAACGUAGACAAACAGCAAAACGAAAAAAAAUUGGAAAAUCCGGGCGAACCGCAAAGUAAAUGUGACGUAUCCAAAGAGUACAUGAAGUGUCUGGCCACAGCUGAAGCGGAUCUUGAAUGUCCCAUAUUUUUGUACCCCUAAGGAAGCGACAUCCUUAUAAAUCCUUAGUCGUUUUAGACAACAAAUAAAUACAAUGUAUGACUAUUAAGUUAUUUC